AAUCCUAUACUCAAGUCAGACCGAUACAACCCGCUUGCUAGAGGCAGAUCUGGCUGCAAAUUGACCUAAGCACCGAAAUCAUCCCGACUCGCUGACCAGUCACAGCCAUGGCACCAAUGAUCGAAGACGCCGUGCCCGACGCCGUUUCAUUCGCAGCCAAAUCCCUUGAUACACCUACUUUAUAUAGCGAUGUCAACGAGAAAGACCUACAGACCAAGGCGUCCGCCUGCGUGGCCAACUUUGGCACCAAAUUCGAGAAGGACAUCAUCACAGGUAGCAAAGGCCUGUAUGUCUUCACCGCCAACGGCCACAAGGUAGCCGACUGGACAUCCGGUCAGAUGUCGUGCCUCAUCGGACAUGGCCACCCAGAGAUUGUAUCGACAAUCCAUGACCAUGCGGCGAACCUGGACCAUCUGUUCUCCGGCAUGCUUUCUCCGCCUGUCAUCAACCUCGCUCACCGGCUCACCUCCUUGCUGCCUGAAGGCCUGGACAAAGCCUUCUUCCUCUCAACGGGCGGCGAAUCAAAUGAAGCAGCCAUCAAGAUGGCAAAAGUCUACACAGGCAAGUUCGAAAUCGUUGGACUGGGUGCCAGUUGGCACGGUGUGACGGCACAAGCUUUGGGAACGCAGUACCACUUCGGCCGGAAAGGCCAGGGUCCGCUUAUGCCAGGCAUGCAUAUGCUUCCACCACCAAACGCCUAUCGCUCCAUUUUUCGCAAGGCUGACGGCUCCUACGACUGGGAGACGGAGCUCAACUAUGGCUGGGAUCUUAUUGAUCGUGCCUCGUGCGGAUCUUUGGCGGCAUGCAUUGUCGAGUGCAUCCAGUCGUCUGCGGGCAUGCACGUGUUGCCGCAAGGCUAUCUGAGAGCAUUGAAGAAGCACUGCGAGAAGCGCGGCAUGCUGCUCAUUGUGGACGAGGCUCAAACCGGGGUGGGACGGUGCGGUGACCUUUUCGCCAUCAACCAUGAAGAAGUGGUCCCUGACAUUCUCACUCUUAGCAAGACUCUCGGUAAUGGAUUGCCGUUGAGCGCCGUGGUGAUGAGCUCCGAAAUCGAGCGUGUCUGCACCGAACGCGAUUUCUGUUUCUACACCACCCAUGUAAAUGACCCUCUACCUGCCGCGGUCGGGGACAAAAUCCUCGAGAUCGUCGUGCGAGACAACCUGGUAGAACACUCUCGAGCCAUGGGAUUGUAUCUGCAUGCUGGACUGCACAAGCUCAAGGAGCGUUACGGGUGCAUCGGUGAUGUGCGUGGUCGAGGGUUAAUGGCUGGGUUGGAGAUCGUGGGCGACCGUGCGACGAAAGAGCCGGCCCUCGACCUAGCGCGCAAAGUUGCCGGUAAGAUGUAUGAACUGGGGGUCUGGGCGAAUCUCAGCAGCCACGCUAGCUUUGGUGGCGUGUUUAGAAUGGCACCGCCCAUUGUUGUCAGCAAGGAACAGUUGAAUGAGGGAUUGGCCAUCAUGGAGCAGGCCCUUCAGAGCACGCCUGGAACAAUGCCGUUGUACUGAUUACUCAUUGCUGACAGCGUCUGCUGGGUUGCUCAUUUGAUGAGACAUAUGCACAGCACAGUAGCAUGCGUUCUCAUUCCGACAUCAAGUGCCGCCGAUGAAUUACUCGACUAGUAGGUCCCUACUUUAAUGGGUUCUCUCUAAAGCUUAGACGUAUCAAGCACUAAAGCUAAUCUGUGUUCCGAAGUUACGGAUCUGGAUCUAUCUUG